CUGGACUGAGGCACUCGGACACUGCCCCCAGUGAGCCUCCUGUCCGGUAGCUCUCCCAGAGCCUCCUUGGAGAAGGACCAGCCUGGGACUCUCUCUCGAGGGAAGGCAAUAGUAGGUCCGCAGGGAUGGCUGCCGUCUGGCUCGGCAUCUUCUGUUCUUUCCUCUGCCAGGUUGUACCUGAAGCUGUCACCAGUGAGUUCCACGUAGAAGUUCCAGAAAAUUAUGCAGGAAACUUUCCUUUGUACCUGAAGAAGCUGGACUUGCCCCCUGUGCAUUCAGAAGGUCCUGCUGUGGUCCGAGUGACUGGUGAUGAAGUUGCAGAAGGUCUUUUUGGGGUGGAAUCUGACUCUGGUUUCCUGUUUGUGACCAGGCCCCUGGAUCGUGAAGAGCAGGCCCAGUAUACCCUUCAGGUAAUAAUCACUGCUGAAGAUGGAAGCCUCCUUUGGGGCCCACAGCCCUUGAUAGUGCAUGUAAAGGAUGUGAAUGACAAUGUGCCUCAGUUUACCAAAGAUGAAUACAUAAGGACCCUGAGCCAGGGUACCUAUGCUGAUAUACCCUUCCUCUAUCUCAGCGCCACAGAUGGGGAUGAACCAGGUACAGCCCACUCGGACCUGCGUUACCACAUCCUGAGCCAGAUUCCAGCCCAGCCCUCCCCGGACAUGUUCCAUCUGGAAGCCAGGACAGGAGGCCUUGCCCUCAGUGAGAAGGGAAGCUCUGAGCUUGAUCCUGCUAUUGUAAGUAACUACCAGUUGCUGGUGCAGGUAAAAGACCUAGGGGACCAAGCCUCAGGCCACCGAACCAUGGCCACCGUGAAUAUUGUUGUGGUGGCAAAUACUUGGUUUGUUCAUGAUUCGAUCCACUUGGCAGAAAAUCUUCAGAAUCUGUGUCCCAAUUCCUUCACCCAUGUGCACUGGAGUGGUGGGGGUGUGGAAUACCACCUGGAAAGCCAGCCCCCAGGGCCCUUCAGAGUGACCCACGAGGGAAACAUCUGCUUGACCCAGGAACUGGACCGGGAGAUGCAAGAUAAGUACCUGCUCUCCGUGUGGCCCAGGAACGCGGAGGGCCUGGCUUACAGUGACCCUCUGUCGCUAACGGUCCUCGUGAUGGACGAGAACGACAACGCCCCCCGGUGCCCCCCGGCCGAAGCCCCGGCUGAGGUCCCUGAGCUCAGUCCGACAGGUAUGGAGGUGACCAGGCUUCAGGCCACAGAUGCUGAUGACCUCAAUACUCCUAACUCCCACGUGGUUUACAAGCUUCUCAGCCAGGACCCUCCUGGACCCGAGGGGUCCUCCUUCACUGUGGACCAUCACACAGGGGCAAUUGUGGUCCAGGACACCCUGAUCAGGGCAGGAGAACUCUACAAGUUGCUGGUGCUCGCUGCCGACCUAGCUGGGGAAGAAGGGGGUUUGAGCAGCACCUGUGAAGUCACCAUCAAGGUUCUGGAUGUGAAUGACCAUGCCCCUGUAUUCACAGCUUCACAGUACGGACCAGUCAGCCUUCCCGAGGAUACAGUGCCAGGGACGCGAGUAGCCACAGUCACGGCCACAGAUGCUGACCUGGACCCUGAGUACACCAGGAUUGAGUUCUCCAUUGUGGAGGGAGACCCCGAUGGGACAUUUGUCCUAGACUCAGACCCGCAGAGUGGCCACGCGGACAUUCGGCUUCAGAAGAAACUAGAUUACACUUCAGCCCCAAGCUACGAGCUGGUGAUCAUGGCUAAAAACCCGGCAGACCUCGUGGGGUCAGCGACGGACUCUCCAGUCACAGCCUCCGUGACCGUGCUGGUGGAGGAACCCAUGUUGCCACCUGUCCUAAGCCAGGAGAGCUAUGAAGUCACCAUCUUAGACAGCACCCCGCCUGGGACCCUCCUGCUGACCAUUGGGCCCGAGGAUCCCCAGAGCCCACCCCUCAGGUUCUCGAUGAUGAACGACUCUGAAGGUUGGCUGUCCAUUGAAGAACACUCUGGAGAAGUCCGAACAGCUUCAAAACUGGGGUCAGGACAGCCUAAAGAAACAUAUAUUGUACAAGUAGUGGCCGAAAUCAUGGACCAUCCCAGCCUGACUACCACUGCAACCCUGGUGCUUUAUAUAAUGAGGGAUCUCUCAUCUCAUGCUGGAAAAUCAUCCUCCCUUCCUGCACCUGCCCCCACCCCGCUCCAGAUCCUCUGCACCCCCCAGGACAUGCCACAGGGAGUGGUCAUCAAUGGGCUACAGCAUCGGGGAGGAUCUGCUGCUGACGACGACCCCUACUCCUUCGCCCUGAGUGAGGACCCCACGGUGCAGAGAGAGUGGAGGCUCCAGGCACUCAAUGGCACCCACGCCUACCUCACCAUGGCCCUCAGCUGGCUGGAGCCCCAAGAAUACUUCAUCCCGGUUUUCCUGACACACUCGGCUCAAACCCAGCAACUCCGAAUAAGAGUGAUGGUCUGUGUGUGUAACUCAGAGAGGCGCUGCUUGCUCAAAGUGGGCCGGAUGGAGGGGAUGCCCACGCUGCUGUCGGCAGUGGGAAUCAUGGUAGGCACCCUGGUGGUGAUAGGUUUCUUCUUAAUCUUGAUCUUCAGCCACUUGGCCUUAGCAAAAAAGACGGAGGCACAGCCGCCAGACAGCAUCCCCCUGAAGGCUUCUGUCUGAUGGGACAGGAUGCUUGGUCUCCUGCCUUCCCUAUAACCCACAGUUUCUAUACUUCCAACAGCAAGGACUUGGAUUCUGGACUGAGCUGGGUGAGACCAACCCCAGAGUUAAAACAUCUCAGGGAUGAGCCUUUGCCCUUCUAUUCUCAGUGAGCAGAAGGGCCAAACAAAGCCUGCGUCUGAUCCAACACUGGCUGGAACCUCCUCCCUCUCCAGAGUCCUCCUUUGAAACUUGGGGCUCAUGUUCCCAUCAGUAAAAGUUAAGACUUUCUUUAAUGGGGCUAACUUCUCACAUAAAUGCCUUCUGGAAGUCUCCCCCAGAGCCACCACAGAAUAAUAAAACCUGAUGGUCACUGAGUCCAGAGCUCUUGAAUUCCCAAA